AAGUCCGACGUAAUAUAUCUUUCUGAUAUUGUCAAGUGCUUUGAACUCCGAGUCCGCUUUACAAGCAUCAACCCUCAGGCCUCAGCGCUCGAGUCCAGAGCGAUAUUGUAGAUGAUCCGAGUGCUUAUGCUACAGGCCUUAAUGUUGUCUUUCUAGGUACCUUUAGAAAGCUCUAGCCACAAUAGCCCACCUUCGAUCUUUGGUUCUUUCACAUAAAUAGCUCCGCGGGAUACUUGUUCGAAUUCUCAACAUAGCUUGAGCGAUAAAACAUCUGCAGUGUAAUGGAUGCGUCUGUCUAUCCAGAUCCCAGCAUAACAAGCUACCGUCUUGUGGCUAUGCUUUUCCCUCACUGGACAAUCGUGGAAAGCCAAUUCAGCAAAUCGGAGUGGAAGGCUUUGUCCGACAUUUCCUCGUCUCUAGUGGACCGAGGGUUGGUGUACUCUGAUGACCCGUACGAUACGUGGAAACUGGCCGAAGAAGUUGGGCAUCUUGUUGGGACUCAGGAAAAUUGGUCCAUGGUCCCACCGAAUGAGAGGAUUGAUCGGUUCUUGACGGUAUGCUCUAAAGGGCUGGGGACUCUAUACAAGCGAGAGGAAAGGCUCGAAAAUCCCGUCGGACCAAAGAAAAGUCCGAUACCUUCGCCUGCGAAUUCCAUUCCCUCUUCUUCUACUGGAUCACUUGAUUCUUCUCUUCCAACCGCGCAAAUACCAGCACCUCUAAGAAUCGUUACUGACGCUCCUUCUAUGAGUCGAUCUCGCAGUCCUUACCGAAAUUCGCUGAACGAUGCCUUGAAUCCAUAUCGGGUGAUGUCAAGGGAUAAUACCACAGGAACACCUUACGAAUCGCCUCCUCCGAUCUACACCAACCACAACUUUGGCGUUCCAACUUUUGGAAACUACUAUUCCUCGUCGCCUAUGUCCUCUCCUACUGCAAGCUUACCGUGGGACUCUUCUGAUUCUGGUUCCAGUUCACACAUUGCAUAUGGUAAUUCCAGCCCUUGGACUGGAGGUGAUGUCGAUGGACUUUAUGAUGCCGCAGAAACGAAAUUUGGCUCGACUAUGUUAAAGCCUCCUUCCUCAGAGCCCCAGACACCGCCGGGCCUUCGAAGAAGCCAGCGAAAUCACGCAAAGAAAACAUAUAAAGGAUAAGGGAUGUUGGCUUUUUCUUUUUGGAAUGUAUGUAGUUCAUGGGUAUAUGAUUGAUUGCCCCCAAAAUAUGUAGAAAGUAGUCUACUAAGUAAGGUGUGGUGUUGGUGAUCAAAUACUUGAAAUAGGGGCU